CAGAGUCUUUUCCCAUGCGCUGAAGAAAAGUUUGGUCAUGAAAUCGCUCAACUUUUAGAGAAAAGUAACUUUCAAACUUUUUUUUUACUCAAAGCGCGCGGCAUCAUGAAGCCUGUGCUGCUCUCCAGCGUCUCUCUUUGGACCCUUCUGGUCUUCAGCGCCGUACUAAAGAUCUCCCGAGCAGAAUGUCACAGUAGCAGAUGUGGCAGCAAUGAGGCAAAAAUAUUAACAACCACAACAAAUGUCAUGUUGGAAUCCACAACAAACUGCAGCAUCUCCAUUGGGAACAAUGUCCCUGCAGAAGGUUCAAUCACUGGUUUGACCCCUGGAACAACCUAUGAAAUCUUUCUACAGUGUUUCAACUGUUGCCAAACUGCCACCACUAAGCCGGAAGUAGUCAGGAAUCUCACUUUCAUUGAAAUAACAACUUCCUCUAUAUCUCUGAUGUGGAUUAAACCAGAGGGAAGCAGCUCUUUCUAUAGAGUACAGUGGACUGAUGGAACAACUAACUGGAAUGUUAGUGUCACUGAAACAAAAAGAAACAUCACUGAGCUGACUGCUGGAGUGCUUUACAAUUUUACUGUCAUAGCAGUGGCUGGAGAUAACAAAACAGAAAGUGACGUGUCUGAGGCUUUUCACCAUACAAAGCCGGAAGUAGUCAGGAAUCUCACUUUCACUGAAAUAACAACAUCCUCUAUAUCUCUGAUGUGGACUAAACCAGAGGGAAGCAGCUCUUUCUAUAGAGUACAGUGGACUGAUGGAACAACUAACUGGAAUGUUAGUGUCACUGAAACAAAAAGAAACAUCACUGAGCUGACUGCUGGAGUGCUUUACAAUUUUACUGUCAUAGCAGUGGCUGGAGAUAACAAAACAGAAAGUGACGUGUCUGAGGCUUUUCACCAUACAAAGCCGGAAGUAGUCAGGAAUCUCACUUUCACUGAAAUAACAACAUCCUCUAUAUCUCUGAUGUGGACUAAACCAGAGGGAAGCAGCUCUUUCUAUAGAGUACAGUGGACUGAUGGAACAACUAACUGGAAUGUUAGUGUCACUGAAACAAAAAGAAACAUCACUGAGCUGACUGCUGGAGUGCUUUACAAUUUUACUGUCAUAGCAGUGGCUGGAGAUAACAAAACAGAAAGUGACGUGUCUGAGGCUUUUCACCAUACAAAGCCGGAAGUAGUCAGGAAUCUCACUUUCACUGAAAUAACAACAUCCUCUAUAUCUCUGAUGUGGAUUAAACCAGAGGGAAGCAGCUCUUCCUAUAUAGUAAAGUGGGCUGGUGGAAAUGUAACUGACAGUAAAAACGUGACACAAACAAAUAUAACCAUAACUAACCUGACUGCUGGUGUCCAGUAUCAAAUAACCGUUACUGCAGUGGCAGAUGAUGGUCUUACUGAAGGAGACAAAGCCACUGUUUCUCAAUACACAAAGCCUGCUGCAGUCAGAAACCUCACUGUUGGUGGGAUCACAACUUCCUCUAUAUCUGUAAUGUGGACUAAACCAGAGGGAAGCAGCUCUUUCUAUAGAGUACAGUGGACUGAUGGAACAACUAACUGGAAUGUUAGUGUCACUGAAACAAAAAGAAACAUCACUGAGCUGACUGCUGGAGUGCUUUACAAUUUUACUGUCAUAGCAGUGGCUGGAGAUGACAAAACAGAAAGUGACGUGUCUGAGGCUUUUCACCAUACAAAGCCGGAAGUAGUCAGGAAUCUCACUUUCACUGAAAUAACAACAUCCUCUAUAUCUCUGAUGUGGAUUAAACCAGAGGGAAGCAGGUCUUUCUAUAGAGUAAAGUGGGCUGGUGGAAAUGUAACUGACAGUAAAAACAUGACACAAACAAAUAUAACCAUAACUAACCUGACUGCUGGUGUCCAGUAUCAAAUAACCGUUACUGCAGUGGCAGAUGAUGGUCUUACUGAAGGAGAGAAAGCCACUGUUUCUCAAUACACAAAGCCUGCUGCAGUCAGAAACCUCACUGUUGGUGGGAUCACAACUUCCUCUAUAUCUGUAAUGUGGACUAAACCAGAGGGAAGCAGCUCUUUCUAUAGAGUACAGUGGACUGAUGGAACAACUAACUGGAAUGUUAGUGUCACUGAAACAAAAAGAAACAUCACUGAGCUGACUGCUGGAGUGCUUUACAAUUUUACUGUCAUAGCAGUGGCUGGAGAUGACAAAACAGAAAGUGACGUGUCUGAGGCUUUUCACCAUACAAAGCCGGAAGUAGUCAGGAAUCUCACUUUCACUGAAAUAACAACAUCCUCUAUAUCUCUGAUGUGGAUUAAACCAGAGGGAAGCAGGUCUUUCUAUAGAGUAAAGUGGGCUGGUGGAAAUGUAACUGACAGUAAAAACAUGACACAAACAAAUAUAACCAUAACUAACCUGACUGCUGGUGUCCAGUAUCAAAUAACCGUUACUGCAGUGGCAGAUGAUGGUCUUACUGAAGGAGAGAAAGCCACUGUUUCUCAAUACACAAAGCCUGCUGCAGUCAGAAACCUCACUGUUGGUGGGAUCACAACUUCCUCUAUAUCUGUAAUGUGGACUAAACCAGAGGGAAGCAGCUCUUUCUAUAGAGUACAGUGGACUGAUGGAACAACUAACUGGAAUGUUAGUGUCACUGAAACAAAAAGAAACAUCACUGAGCUGACUGCUGGAGUGCUUUACAAUUUUACUGUCAUAGCAGUGGCUGGAGAUGACAAAACAGAAAGUGACGUGUCUGAGGCUUUUCACCAUACAAAGCCAGAAGUAGUCAGGAAUCUCACUUUCACUGAAAUAACAACAUCCUCUAUAUCUCUGAUGUGGAUUAAACCAGAGGGAAGCAGCUCUUUCUAUAGAGUAAAGUGGGCUGGUGGAAAUGUAACUGACAGUAAAAACGUGAAUCAAACAAAUAUAACCAUAACUAACCUGACUGCUGAUGUCCAGUAUGAAAUAACCGUUACUGCAGUGACAAAUGAUGGUAUUACUGACGGACAGAGUACCACUGUUUCUCAAUACACAAGGCCCAACCCCGUGCUGAACCUUGCUGCCAUCCCUGAGUCCACCACCUCAAUAAAAGUGAGCUGGUCGGACCCGCCAGACGCCAAGUCGUAUUACAAAUACUUGGUAACCUAUAGUGCUACAGGAGCAUUGUUUAGCAUAACUGUCAGCAAUAACAGCAUUGAUGUUACCAACCUGGAGCCAGGAACUAGAUACAGUAUCAAUGUUACGACGAUAGCAGCAGAGGGAAGUGAAUCGAUGGUGGAACAGACAUUCAGUUACACAAUGCCCAAAGCAGUGGCCAACCUCAAAGUGGAGGACGUGAACACAACAUCCAUUCGGCUGACCUGGGCCAGACAAAGCGAUCAUAAGCUUUCCUACUCCUACCUGGUGAAAGCUAUCCAGGACGCCAUAGUGGUUCAGGAUAAUUCAACUGAGACUGAGACAUACACCUUCUUCCAUCUGACCCCAGGAAAAUUGUACACUUUUGAAGUUUUUACUGUUGUAGAAGGGGUCAAGUCCACAGUGGAAAGCACCCAAAGUUACACAAGACCUGAAAAGCCUGAGGACAUUAGGAUUACAGCACGAGGAACCAAUUAUCUGAACAUCAGCUGGACUUUGCCUUCUGGGGGGGUUGAUCACUACGUGGUGGAAAUCUCAAAUGACAGACAGAUUUAUUUGUAUAGCAACACAACACAAAACACCACAGCCCUCUUUACUGAUCUACAUCCUGGGAGAGUAUUUUUCAUCACUGUGACCGCUGUAGCUGGGAACUUCACUGAGAUGUCUAAUCAGUUUUCAUUUGCCACUGAACCCACGCCUCCUGGUUUCAUCAUCAUCAUCAGUCAGGGAAAUGAUUCGCUCCAUCUGCAGUGGGCGACUCCUGUUUUGAUGGAGGGUGCUCCAAACAUCAGCUACUAUAUCACCUACCAGCCAGAGGGUGGCGAAGUGAAAAAUACAAGCGCUUUGGUCAAUACCACAGAGCUCUUGUCUCUUUCUUCUGGAACUUCCUACAAUAUAGCUGUAGAAACAGUUGGACCCCAGAAUUUGAGGAGCACGGUCACCCAUAAUUCUACGUUCACCCGGCCCAACCCCGUGCUGAACCUUGCUGCCAGCCCUGAGUCCACCACCUCAAUAAAAGUGAGCUGGUCGGACCCGCCGGAAGCCAAGUCGUAUUACAAAUACUUGGUAACCUAUAGUGCGACAGGAGCAUUGUUUAACACAACUGUCAGCAAUAACAGCAUUGAUGUUACCAACCUGGAGCCAGGAACUAGAUACAGUAUCAAUGUUACGACGAUAGCAGCAGAGGGAAGUGAAUCGAUGGUGGAACAGACAUUCAGUUACACAAGGCCCAACCCCGUGCUGAACCUUGCUGCCAUCCCUGAGUCCACCACCUCAAUAAAAGUGAGCUGGUCGGACCCGCCAGACGCCAAGUCGUAUUACAAAUACUUGGUAACCUAUAGUGCUACAGGAGCAUUGUUUAGCAUAACUGUCAGCAAUAACAGCAUUGAUGUUACCAACCUGGAGCCAGGAACUAGAUACAGUAUCAAUGUUACGACGAUAGCAGCAGAGGGAAGUGAAUCGAUGGUGGAACAGACAUUCAGUUACACAAUGCCCAAAGCAGUGGCCAACCUCAAAGUGGAGGACGUGAACACAACAUCCAUUCGGCUGACCUGGGCCAGACAAAGCGAUCAUAAGCUUUCCUACUCCUACCUGGUGAAAGCUAUCCAGGACGCCAUAGUGGUUCAGGAUAAUUCAACUGAGACUGAGACAUACACCUUCUUCCAUCUGACCCCAGGAAAAUUGUACACUUUUGAAGUUUUUACUGUUGUAGAAGGGGUCAAGUCCACAAUGGAAAGCACCCAAAGUUACACAAAGCCUGAAGCAGUUUCUGACAUCAUGGCCAUAGGAAGCACAACUACCAUGUCAGUGAGCUGGACAUCAGCAGUUGGACAGGUGGUCUCCUACAUUGUCCUGCUGUACAGAAACAGUCUCUUAGUGGGAAACAGCACUGACCUGAGCAACGCAACUCUGAACACACAGUUUCAGAACCUGACACCUGGAGUGCUUUACUGUGUGAAAGUGUUCGCCAAAAGUGGACCUUUUGAGAAUGUUAACUCAAGUGUUUGGAACGCAACUUUUCCCAACCCUCCUGGCCCCAUCAUGGUAGAGUCUCAGAAUGAAACAUCCAUUAACUUUACCUGGACCUCUCCAGAGGGCAUGGACCUUAAUCAGUACAACUUCAGUGUGUCCAACUUGACCAGUUCCUUUCUGAUUGGAAACAACUGGUUCCUGCUGAAUCACCUCCAGUCCGGAAGCCCGUACAAUAUCUCUGUUGUGACCGUAGGCGUGUGGAGCUAUGAGAGCACUGCAGUCACUACAGAAAACUAUACCAGACCGUAUCCUGUAACCAUGCUGCGACAGACAGAAAUCACCACAAAUGCAGUGACCUUGAAGUGGGAACAGCAUGAGAGCAAAUCUGACUACUCAUAUCUGGUGGAGACCACCAAUGGCUCCUUUUCUCGAUCUAACAAAGUCUUAAACAAACACCAAAACAUCACUGGACUCCUCUCUGGGAGCAACUACAGCUUCACUGUCACCACACAGACAGCAGAUGGCACUCAGGCAGCUCCUGUGACAGUGUCCUACUUUACACGUCCAUACAGUAUUGGACAGUUGGAUUCUGAAGCCAUUAACACAACUGCUGUACGUCUGUCUUGGACGAAACCAUUGGAGUACAAGACUGAAUACACAUAUCGGGUUAAGACUACAGGCUGUGGCUCCCAAAACAAAACCCUUGCAGGAGAAGUCACAGUGAUUUCCGAGCUCACCCCUGGGACCAACUGCACCUUCUGUGUAUUUGUCAUGGCACCGAAUGGCAUCGAGGGGGAAGACAGCUGCACCUCUCAGUACACUAAGCCUGAGGCAGUGCAAGCAAAUAUCUCCAGCGAGGGCUCCAAUAGUUCAAUCCUGGUGUCAUGGACCAAACCUCUUGGCAAAGUGGAGCGUUAUAAGGUUCAACUCAACAGCACGUCCAGAGAGGUGGUCAUAAUGGACUCUACAAAUAUCUCUUUCGCCAACCUGUCUGCUGGAAGGCUCUACACUGCCGUGGUAACCACAUAUAGUGGACCCUUCAAUGCAUCAUCUGGCCCUAUUACUAAUGCAACUUUCCCUAACCCUCCUGGGUCGAUUGACAUCCUGAUGAAGACACCCAGCUCCAUUGACAUCAGUUGGAAGGAAGCAUCUCUGAUGAUGGGUGCGACGUUUCACUACAAGUUGACCAUCCAAUCAACCCAGGGAGAAGAAUACACCACUACCACCAACACCAGUCAUACUUUUACCUCCCUGCAUUCUGGGACUUUCUACAACUUCUCCGUAGCGACAGUGGGUCAGAUGGGUUUUGAGAGUGAGAAGAUUCCGAUCAACAUGGUCGCUACAAGACCGUUCAGUGUGAAGUCUCUUAGGGCUUCUACAGAAGAGAAGAUAAUCAAAGUCAUGUGGGCUGAACCUGAUCAAUACAAGGAAAGCUAUCAAUACAAUCUGACCUGGCAAAGCUCAGAUGAGUCCAUGAGUGAUAUAAUAAAAGAAAAUACGUAUGAUAUUGAUAAUCUGGUUCCUGGCACACAAUAUAACAUAACUGUCACCACAGAGACCGCCGAUGGAACCGAAGGUGCUCCAAGACGGAUUUCAAAGUGCACAAAUGCAAGUCCGGUGAAAAACUUGAAAUGCGAAGGUCCAAACACAACAAACGCUCAAAUCAUCCUGUUCUGGGACAAACCCACAGGCCAACACUCUGGCUUCAAAGUCACUGUAAACAGUGGCAAGAUCAUCAACUUGACAAGCACCUACUGUAAUACUACUGUGCUCGACCUUCGUCACAAAACUGAAUACAAUCUGAGUGUGGAAACUACCAGCUGUGGACAACCCAGCACCCCUGUGUCUCUUCUCUGCUGGACAGGCAUCACAGACCCACCCAUUCCAGAGAACUAUAUGUCAUCUGUAUUGGUGAGCACCAUAGCACAUAACAAGUUCACUCUUCAGAUCGAAAACCACCUGCUGGACAACAUCAAUGGGCCAAUCACACACAUUGGGGUGCUGGUGACCAAUACUCCUCCUGGUGACACAUCUGAUUUGACAAAGUACGUGGGGAAAACUUAUAAACAGUCGGAGAAAAAGGAAACUCUGGUAUACAUGGCAACAGUUGUAAAUAACACCAUCCAAUCACGCAGUGGAAUGAGCCAUCAGAACAUAGAAAUAGGAGACGGAUCCCAAUGGCAGGGCUACACUAAUGGUCUUUUGAAGGCCAAUGGAAAAUACCAAUAUGCUAUUGUGUUGUUCACCCGUCUGACGCUGAAAGACGGCCUUGUGAAUAGGGAAGCGUCACUGUUGAAUUCAACAAACUUCUAUUCUGCUUUUACACUCCCACAGGACCCAGCUGUCAUUAGCACUGCUAUCGGAGCAUCAUUGGGCACUUUUUGUGUUCUCGUCAUCAUCCUCAUUGGCUUCAUUAUCUACUGGAAAAGGUUAUCCAACAAAGAAUCUCCAGACAUUCAGAUUAAUUCCAUGAGAGCCAAAGUAAGUGUGGCUGUGAGGGUGGAUGAGUACGAGGCUUACUACAAGAAGCAGAAGGCAGACUCAAACUGUGGCUUUGCCGAAGAGUUUGAGGACCUUAAGCUUGUUGGUACAGCUCAGUUAAAAACAAACGCUCAGACAUUGGAGAACAAACCAAAGAAUCGCUACAACAACGUGCUACCAUAUGAUUCCUCUAGGGUGAAACUCUCUAUUAUCCAUGGGAGUCCAUAUGAUGACUACAUCAAUGCUAACUACAUGCCGGGUUACAACUCCAGGAAAGAGUACAUCGCAGCUCAGGGUCCUUUGCCCACUACAGUCAGCGAGUUCUGGAGGAUGAUCUGGGAGAAGAACGUUCUGACUCUGGUCAUGCUGACACGCUGUAAUGAACAGGGACGAGUUAAAUGCGAGCAAUACUGGGAUAAUGGCACCCAGCACUUUGAAAACAUUACUGUGACAACAACCUCUGAAAUAUACCUUGACGACUGGACCAUCAGGGACUUUGACAUAAAAAAUGUAAAAACAGCAGAGACCCGUUCGGUGCGUCACUUCCACUUCACAGCCUGGCCCGAUCACGGAGUACCACAAACCACAGAGCUCCUCAUCAGCUUCAGACACUUGGUCAGAGAGCACAUGGACCAAUACUCCAGACACUCUCCUACUGUGGUCCACUGCAGUGCUGGUGUUGGACGCACAGGUACCUUCAUAGCCAUCGACCGUUUGAUCUUCCAGAUUGAAAGGGAAAAUAUGGUGGACUUGUACGGCAUCGUCCACGAUCUGCGCAUGCAUCGGCCCCUCAUGGUGCAGACAGAGGACCAAUAUGUGUUCUUAAACCAGUGUGCCAUGGAUAUCAUCAGAUCAAGAACUGGAACCAAUGUGGAUCUAAUCUACCAAAACAGUGCUGCACUCUCUAUUUACGAGAACAUAGAUCCAAAAACAGGUUUCCCCAAAAGCGAUGCAUAGGCCGAGGUUACACUCAGGUCUUCUACUUCUCUCUUUACUUUUAGCAAGAAAAUGAGCAGAAAUUUGCAAAAGGAAGCUUUUAACUGAUUGCGCUAUAUUUAUUUUUUAUACCUGUCACGCUUUUGUUAAGAAUCUUGUAGCUUUCUGGAUUAAAAUCCAUAUUUUGUGGUAUUUAUUAGUUGAAAAUGUUGAAUGUUUGAUAAUGGAGGGAGCUGUAUAUGGAGAAACAACAGGGGACAUAAUCACUGAUCAAUACUAUUUGAAUGAUAUGAUAUAAAAUCUAUUUUUCUCUCUCUUAUAACUGCAAGUUAUUGUAUUGCUAAGUUUUAUUACAGCUUGUUUACUACUGUAUAUGACUUACUGAUGAUUACAUUUUUUGCUCAGGUAAUAUGUUUGAUGCUGUAUAGAUAUUAUUACAGGAACUUCUGAUGAAGAAAAAAUUGUAAUAUUGAACCUUUGGAAUUGCCUUUUACAAAGAAUUGCUGAUAGGAAUACUAUGUGCCUUUCAAAACCUGUAUACUUUAGUGCCAGUAGGUGACACUCCAUUAUUUCUGUCUUAAACUGAAAAAGGCAAACAGGGACUGUUUCGAUAUUGCCUUGUUACAGAAACCUUAAGUUUUCCAAUAUAUCAUUUUUUAUUUAAAUAUUUCAGAUAGUCCAGCCAAUUAUUUUUGAGCCUUUUAAUUAAGCAUUUUUAAUGUGCAAUGUCUAUAAAUGAAGGAGUUUUGUUUGUCUGUUGUAGAGACUUUCUCAAUGUGUAUGCACUGUGGUGAAUAAUGCACUGGAUGCAUUUGUCUUUCUAUACAUUGUCCACUUUUUUAACUAUACUGAUACUUUCAUGUCGUUGAGUACAUUCUGGCCAGUGCUUUGUGAAACUCUUUUGCUAAUACUUUGCUAUUUGCCAAAUAUUUGAUUGUCACUAUUUUACUUAGAUUUUCUUUUUCUUAUUUUGAUAAAAGAGAUGGAUCACAAAAAACAAAAGCUCAGGAACUUAAAACAAAGACAGCUGAACGUUUUUCUGGAGAGGUAUGUUGUUAGAAAAUCCAUACUGUGCCAGUGUGUACUUUGAAGAAGGUCACAUGGCCCGUUGUUUUUGUUUUGUUGAUGUCCUUCUUCUCUUUAUUGUACAUUCCUCAAAGAAACAUCCAUAUUAUGUUGCUUCCUUCUGCAUAUCUGGUCUAUAUGUGACGUUAAAAUCACAAGAGAAGCUUUAUUUUCAGCUUCUAAAGGGCAGAAUUUUCCAUGAGGCAGGUACGCUUUUUAUUUUUUUGAUAUUUGAUGUUUGAUUAGCCUGUAGAUAUUUUCAAAUCCAUGUCGAUUGAAAGCACUUAAUGAAAAGAAAAAUAGCAAAUAUUCACAAAGUUGUAAGAUGUUUUUGAAAUGCUUUAUGAGAUGCUUGCUGGUACAAUGCAAAUACAUUUAAAAGGAGCCAAGAUUUAAUAUUUGUCUAUCCUUCAAUCUGUAAAAUUUUGUGGGAUUAAAGAUGUUGCUACAUUUGAACCCCUCAUUUGUGUAUGGCUUUGUAGUGUGUGGUUUGAAUCAGAGUGUGAGCGAGUGCAGCCCAAAUCUCUCAUUUACUAGGACCAAACAAGCUUUUUACUCUCACCUAAUGUUAUCUUAAUUUUUGAUAUUCAUUAACUUUUGAAACUGCUGUUGACGUUGUAAGAAGCAAAUGUUGUUUUUUUAUUUUAGUAGUAUGAAUUGAGCUCUUAGGAAAUUCUGGCAAAAAUUUGACUGAAGUUUGGAAAGGGGGUGCUUCGCUUUUGCAACAACGCUUUCAGUCGGGAGUAGUUAAGAGCAGUGUGUGUAUGUAAACAUAUUUCCUUAAGACGACUACAUUUCUUUGUUACGCAUGUAAUGACUUUGGUGAGUAGAUUUAGUUCAAAUUUUACCUAAGGAACUCCAGAUUUCCCUUUUCCAGUUGGAAUUACGUUGCCCAUCCUGGCAAGUCAGGCUUAGGUCACCAAACAGCGGUUCGCUCAAGUUCUAGUUAAGUGUAAGGAAUAAACAACAUA